AAACCGGACGUGCGUAAACUGUUUAUGUCGGCCUUCAAUUAUCUCACCCUCGUGUGGUUAUGUGGAAGACGUCCUCGAGACCAUGGAUCUCUAACGAUCGAGGUUUUGUAAAAAUUGUACAAUUACUUUUUUUUUUUUUUUGAUAUCGUCAAUGAAUAUUCAAAACUUCGAGUGAACUCAGUAUCGCAGGUACUCGGCGCCAAGUCAUACCUGCUCAUAAUUGAAGAAGAACAACAAAGGAAUUAGAAGAAGAGAAAAAACCAACAAUGGCACUUCAAACGAAGCCCAGCGAUAGCACCGAGGAGCUGUCGUGGCAGGGUACUCUAGAUCCACAACUCACACCAGAAGCUACCUUUUUAAAACCGAAAUUGAAAUCAAAACUUAACGACAAGAUGGUUUCCUCAGUUUUGGUGAAUGCAGACUCAGAGAACCUCAAUGACUCUGUACUGGAACUACAAGACGAGCGUCACCCACAACUGACGCUUGCUUCUCUGAAUAUGAUGCGAAAGAAUAGACACUUUUGCGACGUUGUCCUACAUGUCGGCAGUACGGAAGUGCAUGGACACAGAGCUGUACUUGCGGCAGCAUCUCCACAUCUAUUUGAACUCUUCAGCGCUGAUAAUCAAGGGAAUAAGGAACCUAGAGUGACAUACAAAUUGAAUGGCGGGUUCGAUAAGAUUGCCUUGCAGAAACUGGUCGACUAUGCCUAUACAUCUAGGCUUGAGAUAUUACCAUCGCAAGUCAAAUCAGUCUACUUGGCAGCAUGGCAUUUGAAAAUGGAGAGAAUUUCGGCUCAGUGUGCAGCUCAUCUAUUGCAUUCCUUAACACCUGAUUCCUGCCUAGAAGUACGGGCAUUACCAGGAAUAACGCAAAAUGAAAACUUUUCCAAACAAGUCGACGCUUAUAUCAGAGAUCACUUCCAAGCUGUCUGCAGCAGUCCUACAUUGUUGUCAUUGCCAUGUGUGAAAAUUGAAGUCUUACAUCAAACCGUCCAAGAGAUGUCUUUGGUAAAUGGAACGAGCCUCUGUCACCUAGUAUUGGACUGGGUCAAACGAUCGCUAUCAGAUUCGACGAGCUUGACCAUGGAUCAUCUCAUGCAGAAAACAUAUCUGCUUUAUCUUGCUCUGGACAAUAGCCUUCAAGAUUGCACUGAUUUGCCAUCUGGUGACGUCAGCGAUACAGAUAUUGUUCAAGACUAUAAAAAGCUUUCACUCAAAUCUCACGCACAAUCGAAGGGGCGCCGAAAGGGUCCAUUGCAGCCAGCCAGGCCCAGAGUACUUAUAUACUCAAGGGAUAUUGGGGAGCGUAUCGAAUCAGAAUUGGAACCUGACUGGAAUCUCAUUGGAGCAAGUAAAGUUGGAGAACAUGCAUUUCUGGCGAUUGUUACUUUGGAUGGAAGGCUAACUACGCUAUCGGUUCAACUACGACUAAACACCCCAACCACACCAUCUCCAUUGGCAACACCUGAAGUCGUAGCUUCGCAAAAUAAUGCCGCAAGCGAGCCUGAAUUGUAUUGUGCUCUCCCAACAAUGAAGGCAGGAAAAUGUGCUGUUGGAUGCGCAAAUUUAAAUGACACAUUGUUGGUGUGUGGCGGAUAUGACAGAGUUGAAUGCUUGAAGACUGUGGAUCAAUAUUUGCCAGCAUCAAAUACCUGGCAGGUUUUGGCAGGAAUGAGGGAAGCCAGAGGAAGAUUUGGAAUAGCUGUUGUUAACGGACGAGUUUAUGCAAUUGGUGGAUCAAACGGUUCUACCGAACUUGCCACAGUUGAAGUCCUAAAUCCUGAAGCUGGAUGGAAAUGGUCUGCUGUUGCCAAUCUUCCGUUAGCUCGAUCCAAUUCCGGAGUCUGUGCUUUGAGAAGCAAGAUAUAUUGCAUCGGGGGAUGGAAUGGGCAGGCUGGCAUUAAGCAGUGCGACGUGUUCGACCCCGAAAGUGGUAAAUGGUCAAGCAUCAAGCCAUUGAGAACUGGAAGAUAUCAGGCAGGUGUCUGCGCGUAUCAAGACCGUGUUUACGCAGUGGGAGGCUGUGAUGCUUGGAACUGUCUAAAUUCUAUAGAAAUAUAUAAUCCUGAGGAGGACACGUGGACUGUAGGGCCUCCCCUCAUAUCUGCACGUCGAGGCUGUGGUCUGGCAGUCUUUCGCGGUCGUCUUUACGCCGUUGGAGGAUCCUCCGGAACUCACAGUCUCACAACCACCGAGAUCUACGAUCCUGAAGAGCAAGCUUGGGGACCAGGUCCUAGCAUGGCUACACCCAGAGCUAAUGUAGCUGUUGCUGUUGUCGGAGACAGAUUAUAUGCUGUUGGUGGCUUCUCUGGUAAAAACUUCUUGAACUCGAUUGAAUACCUGGAUGCCAAUAGUAACGAAUGGACAACAUUUGUACCAAAGUCUGAUGGUAUAAAUACACCUGCAAGCUCACUACAGAGCAGCUUUUCUGAUCCAAAUUUGAAUGCUACUGAAAAAAACAUGAUGAAUGUAAGUACAUCGAGCAGUACAAGUGACUCGAGUAUUGUCAGUGAAAAACAUAAUUCUGUCCAUGGAACGGGAAUGGAAUCCAUGUCUAAUUUCGAGAAGCAGCAGAUCAAAACUUUCGACACCAACAUAAAUCUUGUUGCUGAGGUAAAGGAUGUCGAUGAAUCCAAGAAGCUUUCGAAUGGGGUGAAUAACGGGACUGCUAAGAGCAAUGGAACAGAAAGUAAUGGCACCCACAAAAAUUCGGAAGUCAUUGUUGCAGAAAAUAUUAUUGAAGCUAAGAUAAUGCCGCAUAUUUCAAGAAAUGGGUCUGCAGAAAAUGGUAAUGCAAGUGCGAGUAAUGGUACAAAUGAUCAGGAAAUUAUCACGGCUGAUGUUGCCAGAAAUAAUGGAUCUCCAUAAUUCUAAAAGCAUAAUAAUUGUUGGUUUUUAAAGUAAUAUGAAUGAACGUGUUAUAAAGAGAUGUAUCAUUGAUCAUCGACAUUGCAUCUACAAUACUAUGCGGUGGACGAGCGAAUGAUCUAGGAGAGAACGUGACAGUUUUUUUUUUUCUAUCAUUAUUGCUACAUUUAUUAUUACUAUUAUUAUUACUAUUAUACAUAAGGAAAGUAAAAUAAACCUGAAAGGAGCUAUGGUAAAAAAUGAGCUGAACAAAUUUUAAUAUCCGUGCCAUACAGUAUGUAAUACAAACCUUUGCAUAUGUUUUUAUCAGAAAUCCUGAAUUUUUGCGGAAAAUAAUAAUAAAUAAAAUAAAAUUGGGUCCACACAUGUUACGAUAUGUACUGUGAAUUAAUGAUGUAUUAUGGAUAAUAGCAUUUACAAAAAUGAGCUCUUUAUCGAAACAUCACAAUCAACAGCAAUAAUUUACCAGUCUCGGAAUACCAUCGAAGUAUUUUUAAAUUAUUGAUAUACGUUUGUCUACUUGAUUGUGAAUAUGAAUUUGAUGUUAAUACCUGAAAAUCACUCCUAAUAUUAAUCGGUAUCUUCAAUUAUACAUAUUAUAUGGGCGUUUAGUAGAUACUAGACUACAAUAAAAAGAAAUCAUUAUAUAUAUACGAUACAGACAUGAAAGAAAAUAUAUUUUUGAAACAAUGAAAAUAUCGCUACACGCCACCAUAGAAUACAUCAUGGUUACAAACUGACUUUUUUUCGACUGUUAUACCAAAUUAAAUAAUUAUUGUUGUAUCAACACAGUUAAAAAAUGCAGAGGAAAAAAAGCAAUAAUAACUACAACUACACACCAUACCAUUAACCAUAAUAAAGUUGGAGAAAACCUA